UACCGAGACACAACUGCAAAAUUCGGACAAUGGUAUACAGGCCUCGGGCGAAAAGGAAAGCCUCACUCACUCCAAGUCCGUGAAGACUCCUACUCAGACCGAGGAUGGCACAGCCAAGACGAGGCGCAACAAGUGUCCACUACUUCCUUACAAGUUCGUUCAGUAGAUGGCAGGCAAACCACUACCACUGUGGCACGCCGCCUUCACAACAGGAGGAUCUCUGAGAAACACAGCUUUCCAACUAACAAACUUUCAGAGGAACGCAGACUUGAGAGCAGGAGGGUUUCACACGAACGCCGCCUUCAUGGCAGAACGGCUUCAGACGAACGCCGCCUUGACACCCGAAACCUUUCAGAAGAACGUCGCCUUGACACCAGGAGGGCUUCAGAAGAACACCGUUCUGACACCAGAAGAACCUCUGACAAACGUCACCUUGACAGCAGAAAGAAUUCAGAAGAACGCCGCAUUGACAGCAGGAUGACUUCAGAAGAACGUCGCCUUGACAGCAGGAGGGUCUCAGAAAAACACCACCUUGACAACAGAAGGGUUUCAGAAGAACGCCACCUUGACAGCUGGAGGGCUUCAGAAGAACGCCGCCUUGACAGCAGGAGGAAUUCAGAAGAACGCCGCCUUGACAGCAGGAGGGGUUCAGAAGAACGUCGUCUUAAUUACAGGAGGGCUUCAGAAGAACGCCGCCUUGACAGCAAAAGGACUUCAGAAGAACGCCGCCUUGACAGCAGGAGGGCUUCAGAAGAACGUCGCCUUGACAGCAGGAGGGCUUCAGAAGAAGGCCGCCUUGACAGCAAGAGCACUUCAGAAGAACGCCGCCUUGACAGCAGGAGGGCUUCAGAAGAACACCGCCUUGACCACAGGAGGGCUUCAGAAGAACACCACCUUGACAGCAGAAGGGCUUCAGAAGAACGUCGAGUUGACAGCAGGAGGGCUUCAGAAGAACACCGUCUUGACCACAGGAGGGCUUCAGAAGAACGCCGCCUUGACAGCAGAAGGGCUUCAGAAGAACACCGCCUUAACUACAGGAUGGCUUCAGAAGAACGCCGCCUUGACAGCAAGAGGACUUCAGAAGAACGCCGCCUUGACAGCAGGAGGGCUUCAGAAGAACGUCGCCUUGACAGCAGGAGGGCUCCAGAAAAACACCACCUUGACAACAGGAAGGCCUCAGAAGAACGCCGCCUUCACAGCAGGAAGACUUCAGAAGAACGCCGCCUUGACAGCAGGAAAGCUUCAGAAGAACGCCGCCUUCACAGCAGGAAGACUUCAGAAGAACGCCGCCUUGACAGUAGGAAAGCUUCAGAAGAACGCCGCCUUGACAGUAGGAAAGCUUCAGAAGAACGCCGCCUUGACAGCAGUAAGACUUCAGAAGAAAGCCGCCUUGGCAGCAGGAGGGCUCCAGAUGAACACAAUCUUGACAGCAAGAGGGCUUCAGACAAACGCCGCUCUGACAGCAAGAAAGCCUCUGAGAGACGCCGCCUUGACACCAGGAAGACUUCAGAAGAACGUCGCCUUGACACCAGGAGAGCUUCAGAAGAACCCCGCCUUAACAGCAGGAGGGCUUCAGAAUAUCGCUGCCUUGACAGCAGAAGGGCUUUAGAAGAGCACCACCUUGAAGGCAGGAGGGCUUCAGAAGAACAACGCCUUGACAGCAGGAUGGCUUCAGAAGAACGCCGCCUUGACAGCAGGAGGACUUCAGAAGAUCAACGUCUUGACAGCAGGAGGGCUUCAGAAGGACGCCGCCUUGACAGCAGGAGGGCUUCAGAAGACCGACGCCUUGACAGCAGGAGGGCUUCAGAAGAACGCCGCCUUGACAGCAGGAGAGCUUCAGAAGACCGACGCCUUGACAGCAGGAAGGCUACUGAGCAACACAGCCUUGACAGCAGAAGGGCGUCUGAAGAACGCCGUCUUGACAACAGGAGGGCUUCAGAAGACCAACGCCUUGACAGCAGGAAGGCUAGUGAGGAACGCAGCCUUGACAGCAAGAAGGCGUCUGAAGAACACCGCCUUGACAGCAGAAGGGCUUCAGAAGAACGCCGCCUUGACAGCAAGAAGGCGUCUGAAGGACGCCGCCUUGACAGUAGAAGGGCUUCAGAAGAACGCCGUCUUGACAGUAGGAGAUCUCCAGAAGAACGCCGGCUUGACAGCAAGAGGGCUUCAGAAGAACGUCGCCUUGACAGCAGGAGAGCUUCAGAAGAACGCCGCCUUGACAGCAGGAGGGCUUCAGAAGAACGACGUCUUGACAGAGGGAGGGCUUCAGAAGAACGUCGCCUUGACAGCGGGAGGACUUCUAACGAACGCCGCCUUGAGCGCAGGAGAAUAUCUGAGGAACGCCGCCUUGAUAACAGGAAGGCCUCUGAAAACCAGCGCCUUGACAGCAGGAGGGCGUCCGAGGAACGGCACCUUGAUAGCAGAAAGGCUUCAGAAGAACGCCCCCUUGACAACACGAAGGCUUCAGAAACACACCGCCAUGACACCAAGAGGGCUUCAGAUGAACACAAUCUUGACAGUAAGAGGGCUUCAGACAAACGCCGCCUUGACAGCAGGAAGUCCUCUGAGGAACGCCGCCUUGAUACCAGAAAUAUUUCGGGAGAACGUCGCAAUGACGGCAGGAGGGCUUCAAAAGAGCAUCACCUUGACAGCAGGAGGACUUCAAAAGAGCGCCGCCUUGGCAGUAGGAGGGCUUCUAGCGAACGCCACCUUGACAAUAGGAGAGUAUCUGAGGAACGCCGCCUUGACAGCAAGAAGGCCUCUGAAGACCAUCGUCUUGACAGCAGGAUGACGUCUGUAGAACGGCACCUUGAAAGCAGAAAGACUUCACACGAACGCCGCCUUGACAAUAGAAGGGCUUUAGAAGAACGCCGCCUUGACAUCAGAAGGGCUUCAGAAGAACGCCGCCUUGACAGCAGCAGGGCUUCAGAAGAACGCCGCCUUGACAACAGGAGGGCUUCAAAAGUCCGACGCCUCGACAGCAGGAAGGCUACUGAGGAACGCCGCCUUGACAGCAGGUGGGCUUCAGAAGAAAGCCGCCUUGACAGCAGGAGGGCAUCUGAGAAACGCCGUCUUGACAGCAGGAAGGCCUCUGAGGAACGCCGCCUUGACAGCAGGAGGGCUUCAGAAGAACGCCACCUUGACAACAGGAGAUCUUCAGAAGAACGCCGCCUUGACAGCAGAAAGGCGUCUGAGGAACAUCGCCUUGACAGCAGGAGGGCGUCUGAGGAUCGCCGUCUUGACAGCAGGAGGGCCUCCGAGGAACACCGCCUUGACAGCAGGAGGGCUUCAGAAGAACGCCACUUUGACAGCAGGAGGGCGUCUGAAGAACGCCGCCUUGACAGCAGGAGAGCUUCAGAAGAAGCCCUCCUUGAAGGCAGGAGGGCUUCAGAAGAACGCCGCCUUGACAGUAGGAGGGUUUCAGAAGAACGCCGCCUUGACAGCAGGAGGGUGUCUGAGGAACGCCGCCUUGACAGCAAGAGGGCUUUAAGAGAACGCCGCCUUGACAGCAGGAGGGCUUCAGAAGAACGCCGCCUUGACAGCAUGAAAACCUCUAAUGAACGCCGCCUUGACAGCAGGCAGGCCUCUGAUGAACGCCGCCUUGACAGCAGGCAGGCCUCUGAUGAACGCCGCCUUGACAGCAGGAAGGCCUCUGAUGAACGCCGCCUUGACAGCAGGAGAGCUUCAUCAGAGUAUCGCCAAGAUAGCAGGCGUGAUGCAACAGAACGUCAUCUCAACAAUAGGAGGGUUUCUGUGGAACAUCGUUUAGUAAGUAGGAAGCUUUCAGAAGAGCCUCGUAGUAACAGUAAUAUUGUUGCUGGAAGACAUUCUGAUAGCAAACUGGUCGCUGAAGUAAGUUACGGAGAAGCAGAUAACACUGUCUCCUUCCUUGAGGGAGAUAUGCCUGCUGUGCUGUCCUCCAGUUGGUAUGCCGUCCAGGCCGCCACCUCAACUCUCAGGAAGACACCUUCCCACUCUACGGACCUCACUGAACUGCCGGAGGAUCCAUGGUGGGCCAGUCACACGCUUCCCACCCUCCACUAUCCCAGCCACAAGGAGGAUGGGGGAGUGGGUGGCUUGGUGAUGCAAGGACUCCUGGUGGGCGUCGCCUCCCUGGCGUUUUAUCGAACAGGCUCCCCUUCAGGAUCAGCACUCAUCCCUGCGUGCUAGACACCUUCCCUGCUCCCUGACAUGGAUCAUCUGCACACUGGUCUCGGCAGCAGCAGCAACAGCCCGCACGAUGCUCACUGCCCUCACUACAACAUCCCUCCCAAAUCUCGUCACCAUUUUAUAAAGCCCUCAAGAUGCCCGUAACACCUAACACAAGACACGCCCACAUCUUUCUGAACUUAAUCAUAAUGUCCUUCCCACACACACACACUUCCUCACCUUGCCACACCGGCGAAUCAUCCUCUCGAUCUGAAUAUGCUACCGCCACGUGAAGGCUGAGACCACCGUCCCAGCUACUGUCAGACCUUGACCUAUCUGCCUUGGACGUCCUCUAAAUCGUCUUGUACUAGCCGCCUGAAGCAGACCAGGCGGCGGUAAUGCGGAACAGGACGUACUCACCUUGACCACUCUAUCUAGGACGAUGCAACUCAAGUUAUACUCUUUCAUGUUACGAUAAACACUCACGGGACAGAUGCAUGUAUACGCUCAGCUAAUUUUUUUAUGCCUGAUAUCACUCAUGAAUAAGAAGGUUGAUAACUGUAGAAAAUAUGAACCUACCGCUCUCCCAUAAUUCUUAUAACGCUCAAUGUCAGAUGGAUUCCUCAAAAUUUGUAAAGCGUGAUUAGUGGCGCCAACAUUUCUUCCUCAUCGACUCAGCGAUGUACGAGUAUAUAAUAUAGCUAAUUGUGUUUCCGCGCUAUACCACAGACCAUGCAUAGUGGUCUGCACUCUCCAGUCAGGACUGUAAAUUAGCUGAGUAAAAACUGCUCCUGAUGAGUGUGUGUGUGUGUGUGUGUGUGUGUGUGUGUGUGUGUGUGUGUGUAUGUGUGUGUGUGUGUGUAGCUGUGUAAUACAAAAUAUAUUAUACUAAAUAAAACGAUGCCACGUUCAAA